AUGAAACUCAAACCCGACCUACUCGAGGCUAAGCACUGGAUCUAUCCCCUCAAUCGCCCCAAACGCGACUACCAAUUCAAUAUAGUCAAACACUGUUUGUUCGACAACACCAUAGUCGCCCUACCCACCGGUCUAGGGAAGACAUUCAUUGCUGGCGUCGUGAUGCUCAAUUUCUACCGAUGGUUUCCCGAAGGCAAAGUUGUCUUCGUAGCGCCAACUAAACCCCUAGUCGCGCAACAGAUUGAAGCUAGUCACAAGACGUGUGGUAUCCCCGGUAGUGACGCAGUUGAGCUUACGGGGAACGUCCCAAAGGCAGCGCGCGAAAGAGCAUGGUGCGAGAAGCGAGUGUUCUACAUGACACCGCAGACGCUGCUCAACGACCUCACAAAGGGGACCUGUGAGGCCUUGGAUAUUGUACUCAUUGUCGUUGACGAAGCUCACCGAGCCACCGGCGACUACGCAUACAACCAGGUUGUGCGCUACAUGAUGGCGAAGAACCCCCAUUUCCGCUUACUGGCGUUGACCGCGACGCCGGGGAGCACACCGGAAGCCGUCCAGAAUCUCAUCGACGGGCUGCAUAUUAGCAACAUCGAGAUUCGUGAUGAGAAUAGCAUCGAUUUGAGACAGUACAUCCACGAAAAGAAAAUCGAGCAACAUAUUAUACAGAUGGACGCCAACAUUAGGAAGAUUAGAGACCCGCUUGCCAGGCUUAUGACGAACUGGGCGCGCGUGCCUCUGAUGCACACGUCCAGGCUUGCGCGGAUUAUGGGGUAUCUGGUGAGUUUUACACUUCCAUCAUUGUUCCAUUUUCACCCUCAUGUACUCUCUAUUCUUCGUUUAUUAACCAACAAAACAAAGCUCGAAGGCACCAUCGGCAUGUGUUACAACAGCGUCAAGGAGAUCGAGCAGGACGUCGACGACCCAAAGAAGAAGGGCGGGAAGAAGCUCGCGUCGAACCCGCUUUUCAAGGAAGUCGCGAAAGCCCUCGAGCAGCAGCGCCGGCCGCAGCCCGACCCCGAGCACCCGGGCGGCUUCAGCAUGCACCCGAAGAUGGAGAAGGUGAAGAGCAUCAUCAUCGACCACUUUGCGCAGGAGAUGGCGGAGAAUGAGGGGAGGGACGUCGAGAAUGAAGCGCACAACGCCGCGAAAAUUGAAUCACGAGUGAUGGUGUUCGUGACGUUCCGCGAGGCGGUGGAGGAGAUUGUGGAUGCGCUAAACUUUGAGCGGCCGUUGAUUCGGGCGACGAAGUUUGUGGGGCAGGGGCUGGAUAAGAAGGGCGGGAAGGGGUUGGCGCAGAAGGAGCAGUUGGCGACGGUCGAGAAGUUCAAGGCGGGGGAGUAUAAUGUGUUGGUGGCGACGUCGAUUGGCGAGGAGGGGUUGGAUAUCGGGGAGGUCGACCUGAUUGUGUGUUAUGACGCACAGAAGACGCCGAUUCGUAUGCUGCAACGCCUCGGUCGUACCGGUCGCAAGCGCGCUGGCGUCGUCCAUGUCCUACUUGCCGAAGGUCGUGAGGAGCUCAAUCUCGAGAAGGCCAAGGAAGCCUACAAGCACGUCCAGCAGAGCAUCACCCGCGGCGAAUCACUCGAGCUCUACGCUGACGUCGACCGUAUGCUGCCCGACCACAUCAAGCCCGAG